UCAUUCUAUAUGAACUUACGGAAGGUCAGCGAAUGAAAUGGCUGGCUGAACAACGAGCCUUACACUGCCAAUGCUACAGUGUAGUGUGUCAUGCUAGUUAUAGUAGCUAUAUAUAUCACCAUUAUAUUAACGAAAAUCUAUACAACCCAGGACUAGGUUGUAAUCUAAAUACAGACCAUCGAUCUGUUCCUGGUGCAUUACCAAGGACAUACAUCGCGGGGAAGCUAACAGCUUCUCAACAGACUGCAGUCAUACACCAUCAAUGAUGUAAAUCGCAUGUGUAAAUAAAGUUCAACUGUUGUCUUCAAACCAGUUCUAGGUCAGCGUUCGGCUAUUUACAUAAAUACAGCGUCGUUGUGGAUCGUCUGCUUCAAAUAGCACGUUCACGUUGUAGUACACACACUGACGGAAGGACGAGUGUUUUAAAAAGAUGGCCGAAUCAACCCCGGACGGUUUCAAUGUCGUAAUAGCUGUGGAUGGGAGUGAUUAUGCCAAGUUUGCAUUCGAUUGGUACGUGAAGAACCUCCAUCGUCCCGAAUUUCAUAUUGUAUUAGUACAUGUGAUGAGUCUUGAGAGUGCCGUCCACAACGCCGAGUGGUACAAACCUAAUGCGUCCCCGCACGGAUAUGAUACAGUUCUUCUCAAGAAGCUAAUAGAGGAGGAAAAGGAAAGGAUAAAGGACAAACUGGAGGUGUUUGGUGAAAUGUUGAAGCGCGUAGGGAUAGAGGGGACUGUCAAAAGUAUCCACGCUGAAAAACCUGGUGUUGGCAUCAUACAAGCUGCUGAACAAUGUAAUGCAAAGAUGAUCGUGACCGGAUGUAGGGGGCUUGGGAAAGUGCGCAGGACAAUCAUGGGAAGCGUCAGUGACUACAUCGUUCAUCAUUCAAUGGUACCGACAAUGGUUUGUCGACAUUCAGACGAUGAUCAUAAACAUGCUCAACAAUCCAAAUCGUAGCAUGUUUGAUAAAAUGAAGGGGUUUUAAUCAGUAGUAAUAUAGCAAUUCGUAAUAUCUGUAUAAGAUGCUUUAUGUAAACUAUUAUACGCAACAAGACACGUCAUCGUUAGCAACGACACCGCAGAAUUCUAGCUAAAUGUUUAAAUUCCUGUUUAUUUUGAUACUAUCUUCCAUUUCAUUAGUGUAUACUAUUAUACAUAACGUGCAUCGUAUACACUUUAUAUCUCCUAUACAAUGAAUUGUUAAACUCAUUAUCCAAGUUUACCUUAUUUCUAUUUCCUUUUUUUUAAAUUGAUGCGCCUAAGUAUCACGAUGAACAAACCAGUUGCCAAUGAGACGAACUGGCGUCUGUAGUCCCAGCAUCAUUCUCACUCUUAUACACAUAUCAGAUUGUAAGUGCGUACCCUACUAUUUCGAAAAUAAAACUGACUUGCUUUUAUGUUUAGUCACAUAGGAAUAAUUGAUCGAAAGGUUCGUUGUGUAUAACGUACGGUUCAGCAGUAAACACGUACACUGUCUGACAAAACGUUUCGUUACAUUGUAGUUUAAACGGUUGAUCACAAUACUGUACAGUAUAAUAGGUACUUAUUCAAAAGUAGAGUGAUGCGGAACCAGUUUGACAGCAAAGCCGCCUGUCGAGACAAUUCAUGUUAAUGUCUUUAAAAUACGUUGAUAAAUAGACAUCCUUCACAAAAUUAAACCCGGCCUCGAAAAUAAUCUAUGGUUGCCUUACUAUGAAGUCAUCGUUUUCGAGGUUUUAGAGUAUUAUGGUAGUAAUAUGUAUAUAUAUGAUAGAUAAAUGAAGGUGAAUGUGUUCAAAUAUUUAUGUUUGUUGUAUGUAAACACUAGACCUACAACGAUAACUGAAUAAAUGUUUUU